AAACGCAAGUUAAUCCGUCAGUCUUAGAGACACUUCCUUGGGCGUGGCUUUCGUUUACGAACAAACGAACGGAACCAACUCUGAUUUGUGCGCCUCAUCUCAACAUGGACGCAUCCCUCCAGGACUCUCAUUGCCAUUUGACCAGGAGCAGCAGGUAUUGUGCGCCCCCUGGUGGUUACAGAGGGAAUGACGUUCAUGCCGAUCGCGCAUUGCCAUUGUUUUUAUACCCGACCCACGUUGAUCAGCGAGUCUACGAUAGAUCCUACUGUGGCAGCGCAGCGUUGCUCUCGUACCUGCCGCCAUUCCAUGGUAGCUUUGGCGUUUACGAAUGUCCUUUCGAGCCCGCCUUCAUCCAGAAACGCAACGAGCGGGAACGCCAGCGUGUGAAGUGCGUAAACCAGGGAUACGCCAAGCUACGCGACCACCUGCCCAACGGGACCACAGACAAACGGCUGAGCAAAGUGGAGACACUGCGCGCGGCAAUACGCUACAUCAAGUACCUGCAGGAUUUGGUGGAGAACGCGGGCAGGACGGAGCAGAACGGAGGAGCGUCACCACUUUCCGUUUCCGAAUCAUCUUCUGAGGAGUCUGUCGGGAGUUAAAGAUGUACGAAAAAACAUAGUUCAUGCAACUUUUAUCCUGCGCCACCAAAACGUUGCUGUUUAUCAGAUAUUAGCAUGUGUUUGAAUGAUGCAAAAGCACAAUUUGUAAUUCAAAAAGAGCAGCUACCCAGGAAAUGUGCAAAUAAUUACCAAAGUUUAUUUAAAGGGGUCAUAUGAUGCGAUUUUAAGUUUUCCUUUGUCUUUGUGUUACAAGCUGUUCGUGCAUAGAUAAGAUCGGUCAAGUUGCAAAAACUAAAGUCUCAAAAUCGAAGAGGGAUUCUUUAUAAAAGUACACACCUUCCUAAAACGCCUCAUUUAAACAUGCCCCCACAUACCUACAUCACUGUGUUGUAAGAUUUGCAUAACACCGCCCAAAUGUUUACGCGAAGAAAGAAGGCGUGACUUUUAUUCUCGCUGUAGUAUUGUUGUCAUGGAGACGGUGUGUGUUUCCAAAUAUGGUAAGGGGUGUAACAUUUCCGUUACAUGCUUGAGGUAUUCGGCCAAUCACAACGCACCGGAUAGCUGGCCAAUCAGAGCACACCGCGCUUUUCAGAACGAUGAGCUUUGUAAAAAUCGACGCAUUUCAGAAAGGCAGGGCAGAGAGGAGCAACAAUAAUGUGUUUUUUGAACUUUAAACCGCGUAAACACAUUGCAUUACACCAGAUACACAAAAUAAUGUUAUUUUUACCAUCGUCAU